CAGAGAUGUUAGCCCUUCCACGUCCACCGCCGUCCCCAAUUCCACCUUCACCGCUACCUCAACCUCCACCCCAACGGCAUAGCAGACGCCCGCCCCUAUUCCCAAGGCCAACGACACCAAUCUCCCUCAGCCAAAUCAUCAUAUCAAAGCGUGCUGAGAAUGGAGAAGCUCCAGCACCUGAUGCAGAAAACCUUAAUUCAAGUAAACCAACAAAGCAAAAAAUACUCCGGCAACCUCAACGGACAAAUCCGCUUGUAUGGUGCUGUGCAAUUGCAUGUCUCAUAUUUAGUGUUAUUCUUAUUUUCUUUGGAAUUGCAACUUUGAUACUUUUCUUAGUCGUUAAACCAAAAACUCCAUCGUUUGACAUCCCCAAUGCAAGCCUCAACACCAUCUACUUCGACUCACCUGAAUAUUUCAACGGUGACUUCACUUUCCUAGCAAAUUUCUCCAACCCUAAUCGGAAACUCGAUAUAAGAUUUGAGUAUCUGGAUUUGGAGCUUUUCUUUUCUGACAGGCUCAUAGCAACUCAAUCUCUUGCACCUUUCACACAAAGACCUGGAGAAGGAAGAGUGGGAUCAGUUCGCUUGAUAUCGAGCUUGGUUUACCUUCCUGUCAAUCAUGCUGUGGCACUUCAAACGCAGGUGCAGAACAAUCAAGUUAACUAUAAUAUGAGAGGAACAUUUAAAGUGAGAGCCAGUCUAGGUAUGAUCCAUUUUUCUUACUGGUUGCAUAGCAGAUGCCAAUUACAGAUGACAGGUCCGCCGAGGGGUGUUUUAGUUGCAAGAAGUUGCAAAUCUAAAAGAUGAAGAUCCAGGAGCAUUCUUUCCUGGUAUCUUCCUUCUAUGUUCCUAGUAUGUCUACUUUGAAACCUAAAUGUGUAAAGGUCAUACGAGCUAUAUAAAUAUAAUAAAUGAGCAUUCUUUUCUACAAACUUAUGAAAGUCCUUUUCUUUUCUGUUUUUGCAUUCGGACAUUCGGUUGGUUGUAUCACAAAUCCAUUAGUAAUAAAACCUAAGAAGGACACAAUUUAUCAUCUAGAACAAAUACAGGUGCUAAACAUAUGGGACUAAAGAACAAAGGAAACCCGAUAGCCUCGUCUGUAGAACGGAAAAAGAAAAGGUCUGCUGAAUUGGAACUCUGUUUGAGGAAGUGGAAGCACUAGACUUCUACUUGUGGAAAACUCUAGCAAGAGAUGUAUGGAGAUUCAAAUAGGAUCCUGCAAAGAUUUACACAUAACUUCUCCCUUGUUUUAACACUGACACAUUAUCUGCUAUGGUGUUCCAUCACUGCACUACCGCUUUCAUAUGUUUACUUAAUUAAAAGAAUUCAUAUGAAAAGCAAUGUUCGGUUCAAAUUUUUACAGAAAGUUAGCUAGACAACGAAUCACAACAACAGUUGGAGAAUCCAGCAACAGGUUUGUGUUUGUGGGGGGUACUUUUCUAGAUAGCUCCUGUCCAAAGUGUCCUAAUCAGAAAUCACCUAAUACACUACAACUUUUAGAUCCAUCAGCAGUUUAUAUAAUCAGAAAAGAUAUAAAGGAAUUGAUUUGUAGUUUAAAGAAACACCACAAGAUAACAGUCCGAUGUUUAAUACGACUAUGUACUAGACAAUCAAUCAUGUUACGUAAUGGACAGCCUGUGGCUGGAGCGUAGCCAGCAGAUGAAAACAAGCACAACCUCUAUACUUUGUACUAGAAUUUCUACCAGACAACAAUACAUAUCUAAACUGCCUUACAAAGAGAUUUAGUCUUCAAAUUUACGGUUACCAUUACAAUUAUUGAUCUCCCUAAGUGCUAUAUCGUUACGUUUCAUUAUAUCCAUUGUCAUAUACCAAGUCAAUCAAAGUUCGAAAGAAUCACAAAGACAACUAAAAUAUAUAGCUAGUUCGCUAGAAUGUUGUCACCAAUAUGUAAUUCAAUUAUGCAUUGUAACGAUUCAAGGCAGCAAUGUUCACAUUCUAACAAAUCUUAUGAGCACUAUGUGUACAACAGUUCUGAAAAUUCAGACCAACAGCCUCAUUAUACGAUCAUCAAGCAAAAUAUAAGAA